GUGACGUAAUGCGCCGCGGAGCACGCGCAGUGAAGUCCACCUUUCGUAUUAGUAGGAACUCUUGACAGUUCAAAGGAAUGGUACGGGCACGAUAGUAACGAUAGUUCUCAUGGUUCCUCCUGCUAGAUCACGAGCACGGCGAAUACUCUCCAUGGUGCUUCUGAUUCAGUUUAACAUUCACAAUAUAUACUAGAAUUACCAACCAAUGGUCGUUGAACUUUAGCGCGUAUACGUGUGUGUUAAUUUGCUGAGAAAAUCGUAUAAAAAUGUUUCGGAUUGGGUGGAACCUCAUGUGCGUUCUUGCAGUGGUUCGCGCAUUUCCAAACGAUGCGCUACAUGGAAAAGAUAAAGAAACGCAAGUUGAGCACACAGUCACGAAACAAAUACCGAUUAGUACAAUGAAACAUACAAAAUUGAAUGCUUCCGAGGAUCCAGAUAUUGCAGCUAUUAGAAAAAUUUAUAAUGACUUGUUCAAUGACACUAAUGGUCAAGGUACAACCAUUAAGGAAGAAAGAACUUUUGGAGUUAAACGAAUACAAUUUAUGCUAUUACCAAUGAUGUAUAAAAUGGGAGUGAUGAUGACAAUGCUUACUGUGCUUACCGUUAUUUCCCUUAAAGGACUUAUGAUCGGUGCUUUUCUUCUGGUAUUGAAGUUGAGCGCUUUCUUGGCAAAGUUCCACUCCGGUUGGCAUGCACACGCCGAUCAUGGACAAUCCUGGUCGCCACCUCAAUUUGUUCACGUGCACGUACACAAUGGAGGCGGUGUUCAUUCAGGCCAUAGCCAAGCAUACAGUGGUUGGGAUACUGUUAGUGCACCAGGAGAUGAUGAAAACUACUAUUAUAAAGGAUAAAAUGACAGAUUUGUCUAACAAAAUUCUUUAACAAUUUUUUCAAGUAUUCUGGAUUCAUCAUUUCGGAAUGCCAUUCUUCGGAAAAGUAGAAGAAGUGCCAGAAUUUAGUCUAAUAUUUGUCCAUACGAAUAAGAAUAUAUCACGCGUUAGCCAAAGAAUUUGGAAAUACUUUACCCCUUAAGUAUGUUUGAUGCAUCAUUUAAAAUGUUUUAUUCCUUUUUAAAAAAAUAAUUUCUACCAUAAAACGAUUAUAAAAAUUCAA